GACGAAGUAUAUGAUAAGGACGAAGCUACCGUUGCUGCUGGGUCGGUCAGUCGUCAGCUUGGCUCUGCUCCACCAUGUUGCGGACGUUGUCGCUCUCAUGUAUUGUGUGGUUGUUAGCCGGUUACGCUUGGGCUACAGGACAUGACCCUGGGGAACCCCACGUACGUCGAAGGAGGGAGUUUCCGCCAUCUUUGAAUUUCUCUACGUCCUGUUCUUUAUCUCAAUGGAAAUGUGCUGCGGACGGCAAGUGCAUCGACCAAUCGCAGAGGUGCGACGGCUACCAGCACUGUUCCGACUUCUCGGAUGAGAUCGGCUGCAACGUGUGCGACGAGUCGCGCUUCUUCAAGUGUCGGAAUGGGGAGUGCAUCACCAAGUUCUUCCUGUGUGACGGACACCCAGACUGCACGGACAGGUCUGACGAGGUGGACUGCAUCAAGCCCGGGAGCACCUGCCCUCUCCAACAAUUUAGGUGCAAGGGGAACAACUUGUGCAUCCCCCAACUAUGGCGGUGCGACGGCUCACCGGACUGCAACGACCACUCGGAUGAGGACGACUGCCCCGCUAAACCCAACUGCACGGAGCAGCAGUUCCGCUGCAGGAACGAGGUCUGCAUCUCCCUUGACUAUGUCUGCGAUGGGGAACUGGACUGCCGUGGUGGAGAAGACGAGGCACAUUGUGAAACCUCGAGGUGCGAGGCCAACCCCAACCACUACCAGUGCAAAGAUGGUGCCUGUCUGGCGCCUGAGAGAGUCUGCGACGGAAGGCAAGACUGCGCUGACGGCACAGAUGAGGGAGGAUUAUGUUCGAGACGGUGCAAAGUGGGCGACUGUCCGGACCAGUGCUACAGUACUCCGGGAGGACCGCACUGCAUGUGUUCCCAGGGUUUCUUCCCUCUCUCCGAGAAGGAGUGUGCAGACGUGGAUGAGUGCCGGGGGAAUGUCAGCGUGUGUGACCACUUCUGCGAGAACGUCCCCGGAGGGUUCAAGUGCUCUUGCGGGGAUAAGUACAGUCUCCACCAGGAUAAUAAGACUUGCUUGAGCGAUGAACGUGGCUACGGGUUCCUAGUGGUGGCCAUGAACCGCGAGAUUAGGGAGGUCUACCUCAACGCCACACUCUAUAACAGCAUCUACGCCGGUUCUGAUUUGAUCCAGAGCGUGGCCUACGACCCUGUUGAGGACAAGGUCUACUGGAGCAACUCCAUCUUUGUCUUCAGGAAGAGCCGAGUUACCUCGGAAGAGCCAGAGCCAGUUGUCACGAGAGGGAUCAGGAGGGUGGAGACACUGGCCGUCGACUGGUACGGGAGGAACCUCUACAUUGGCGAUUCAGGAAUACAGAAGAUAAUAGUGUGUUCCCUGACCAGCGGGGGUUGUGGAUCCCUUGUGGAGAGUGUCAGUCCUCGGACAAUCCGGUUGGAUAUCAGAAAUAGGCUGCUCUUCUGGACCGACGUUCCGGCCCAGUCCAUCACGAAGGCCGGAAUGGACGGGUCGCACCCCUCGCGGCUGGUCUCCGAUGGGAUCAAGAUCCCCAAUGGCCUGGCGCUGGACCAGCCAGCACGACGAGUCUACUGGAUGGACGCUGGCGCAGGACUCCAAGCCAUCCAGCACAUCUCCUACGACGGCACAGAUAGGAAGCACCUGCCGAGGGGGGCCGCAAACCACCCCUAUUCUCUGGACUUGUGGGAGAGCCGCCUCUACUGGAGCGACCUGGACCACGAGCACGUCAGGUCCUGCGUCAAGACCUCCGGCAAGGACGUCCGGUCCAUCCUCAAAGGGUCCACCAGGAACGACUUCUAUGGCCUCUCUCUCUACCACCCCUCCAUGAUGGACCAGGGGACCAACCCAUGCGGGUGGAGACCUUGCAGUCACCUGUGCCUGCUGGUGCCCGGGAAUGGAUCCGGGUAUCGGUGCUCCUGCCCUGCGGAGAUGGAGCUGUCCGCAGACGUCCACUCUUGUAAAGGGAAGUCCCACGUGGCCUCCCCCUUCCUGUCUGACGGGGGGACUUUCUACAGGUUGUUCAACCCCCAGGUGGGUCUCGUGAGGCGCGAGACCCAGUUCCCUCGCCUCCAGGUGGAACGGGUGGGCGACUUCGCCUACAACCCCCUUUCGAGAUCCGUCGUCAUCAGUGACAUAUACCAGAAGACCUUGCUGACCGUGCCCUUGGAGAGCGGCAGAGUCAGGCACUUGAAGGACAACGUCGCUGCCGUCGGCCUCUCUGUCGACUGGCUCCGCAACAACAUCUACUGGGUGGACGGAGAGAAGCGCGUCGUGGAGGUAAUGUCCUCUGCAGGGGGCCUCCAUCGUGCCGUCCUUGGCAACGUCUCCCACAACCCGACGGACAUCGCCGUGGCUCCCUUGCAGGGGUACUACUUCGUCACAGAUGCAGGACUGGUGCCCUUCAUCAGGAGGUGCGGCCUGGAUGGCAGGAGCUGCCUCUCGAUAGUCACCAAGGAGCUUUACAAGCCUGUUGCGAUAGUCAUGGACAAGGACCCCGAAAGAGAGAGGAUCUACUGGUGCGACAAGGGCGCAGGACUCAUAGAGACAGCGGCUACGGAUGGCAGCCGGAGGGUGACCCUGAAAAUGAACUUGUACUCGCCCAUUUCUCUCCUGGUGUCAAAGGACUACUUUAUGUGGACGCUGGAAAACAGCGACAACCUGUACAUCGCUUCGAGCGGCACCAGCGACACCAGGGUCUUCAGCCUGAAACUGGAUCCCGCGAGUUAUGGCGUUCGUGUCCUGCUGCUGGCCGACGUGGGCUGGGAGGUCCCCACAAACGUCAGCCUUGCCUUCUGUCAGCACGAGAGUGGAGGCUGCAGUCAGCUCUGCCUUGGGAACAACACUCACUCGCAGGUGUGCGCCUGUGGUCUCGGGUACCAGCUGGACAGUGACGGCAAGCAAUGUAACCCCAUAACUUGCCCAAAGAACUUCUUCGCCUGCGGGAACUCGCAUGAAUGUAUCCUGAACAGCUGGAAGUGUGACGGGACUCCAGACUGUGCGGACGGCUCGGACGAGAAGAACUGCUCCCUGGGGGAGCACAAGCAGUGCCAUGAGGACGAGUUCCGCUGCUCCACCUCUGGGAACUGCGUCAGCCGGGCAUGGGUAUGCGACGGGCACAACGACUGCCUUGACGGGUCGGAUGAGAAGCUGUCCACGUGCCCCCCCGCCAGCAAUAGGACCUGCAGAUCGAACUUAUAUGCAUGCACGAACGGCCAGUGCAUUCCCAGCAUGUGGCGUUGCGACGGGGGAAAGGAAUGCGAAGAUGGCUCAGACGAGGAAGACUGCCCCUCUGGCUGCCCUGGGCACAAGUUCGCCUGCAAGGACGGGAACUGCAUUCCAGAUGUUUGGCGCUGUGAUGGAUCACCCGAUUGUACGGACGGCAGCGAUGAGUACAACUGUACAGGCUUAGGUACGACCAAGGGCGUCCCGAAGGGAACAGAGAACCCCCCGGGGGCCCGGUGCCUUGAUGACGAGAUUGCCUGCGCAGUCCCCGAAGGACAUCGUCCGAUCUGCGUUCACGAAAACAGCAGAUGUAACGGAUUCUAUGACUGUCCCGACCACGAGGACGAACUGGACUGCGACUGUGAAGAGGACAAGUUUAAGUGUUCGCACACUGACAGGUGUAUUCCUAAAGUGUGGAGGUGCAACGGUGUGAACGACUGCACGGAUUCGAGCGACGAGGAGGGCUGCCCUUCUGUCCCGGGGAUGGUGGUGACAGUCACCAGCAAAGACAAUGUGACGACUUUGCCCACAACGACUAAUGGGCUGUGCCGUACAGGAGAGUAUCCCUGCAAGAACGGACAGUGCAUACGGAGUUCAAUGAUCUGCGACGGAUCGGCGGAUUGCGACGACGGAUCGGAUGAGUGGAACCACUGCAGGGAGAACUGCCAGAAGGACAACGGAGGUUGCCAACAAGUCUGCCACAGCAACAUAGAUGACGUCUACUGCUCUUGCCACCGCGGGUUCCACCUACACAUAAACGGAGCUUCAUGUCUGGACGACGAAGAAUGCAAAGAGGAAUCGACCUGCUCCCACUAUUGCACGGAGACAAAAGGGUCCUACUUCUGCUCCUGCACAGAGGGUUACGCCCUGGAGCCCGACCGCAGGACCUGCAAGUCUAUCAGAGACAAGGAAUGGGCGCUGGUGGCUGGAUCCGAAGGGAUCCUGAACAUGACGUCUCACCUUCAGCUGAUGUCCAGGAUUCCUCUGGAUGAGGAAGGCGGCGUCCUCAGUUCCUUGGACUAUGACCCCACCAGCAAGUCCUUCAUCUACGCCGACGCCAACGGCUACAUCAUCAGGACAUCGCUGGACCUCGGAGUGCCCUUGGGCGGAGAAGUUUUCCCCGGGACAAAGGAUCUCCUCAGGCGUUGCAGCAACCCACAGGGCGUGUCCAUAGACGCCGUGUCCCGUAACUUCUACUACUCUGAGUUCUUUGAGAACCCGCCCUCCCUGGAGCCCUUGGAGAAGCCCUUCGAGGUGAAGAGAAGCAUCGAGGGCGCGGAGGAAGUUGAUGUUUAUUCUGUCAUUCACAUGUGUUCCCUGCUGACUAGGCGGUGCACCCAGAUCUACACAGGCUUCGGCGUCAAAGUGCCUUCGACCAGAGUCGCCCCUGAGGUGGAGAAGUUCUUCUACUGCACCAACCACCAAAAUCACAAAUACCAGGGGCAGAUUUUGGUGUCCGGAUUGGACGGGACGUCCCCGAAGGUGAUCCACCAGAAGGUUGUGCAUUGUGGGGCGCUGGCACUGGACUUACCCAAAAAGAGGGUCUACUGGACCGACUUAGUCCUGAACAGCAUCCAGUGUGUGUUGUGGAAUGGGUCAGGUUACCGCCUCGUCAUUGAAAAGGGGGUACACCAUCCAGUUGGCCUGAUGUUAAUUGGCGAACAGCUGAUGUGGUACAACAGAGGCACCAGCCAGAUGGUACGCUGCCACAAGUACUAUGUUGACGACUGUGAUCAUAAGCUGAUAGACUCCCGGGAUGCGGUGAUAAAGUUCGAGGGGCGCGCCCUGGUUUCGGUCGGCGGUCCUCGGCCGAACGCAACUGAUCCCUGCUUGGCGAAGAACUGCUCCCACCUCUGCACGGCCGUCGAGAGGAAGGGGAGGUGCCUGUGUGGCAUAGGGCACGAGCCUGGGCAGGACGACCCCCAGACAUGCUUCAGGGUGGAAGUGUGCCAUGGGAAGCCCUGUGUCGUGGGUGUGUGCGAGCUGCUCUCCAGCAAUCGGUUUGUGUGCAGAUGCCCAGCCGGCCACAGCGGUAUGCUGUGCGAAGUGACCCAGGAUGACCUCGAGACCUCGGGCAGCGCUGGCACUGCAGUCGCUGUGGUCCUGGUGGUGUUGGUCGUCGUGGCAUUUGCUGCAGGGCUGCUGUGGUACAGGAGGGAGCCUUUGAGUGUGUGGGUCACCAAGCGGAGGACGUCAAACCAGACUUACAGAUUCUCCAACCCGGCGUUCGGCGUGAUGUCAGACACUCCCAUUGUGUCUGCAUCUUCGAAGAGUCCGGUGCCCAGCAGCUGUGCCUCCCACGGGAAUAAUAAUCCUUCAUUCUAUGUGAUCAGCAACCCACAGGAGAGCGAGAGCGGAACAGAGGAGAAUCCAUUUUCAGUGGUGGAAGUUCCUCAGGUCAACACAAGCAUGGAUUCUGCAGUCGCUAGUGGAACGGAGUCUGCAUCUUUCAGCGCAGCAUUCAACAAGGUCGACCUAGACUCUCCAAUUCCUCCGCCAAAUUACCUCCAGGAAGAGCAGACGAAGCGAGAGUGGAUCCUGUCUCCUUACAAUCCCCAAUUGAAAUGAAAAAGAUUGUUAGAUGUUUAUAUAUAAUGAACGUAUUGUUAAUAAUAAUAUUUUAGCGCUAUAGUAUAUAGUUACGUCGUUAUGUUAUAGUUAUGAUGUUAUAUUGAGAUUUUUAAAAGUAUUUAUUGUUAUUUAAUAAAAGUUAGAUGUUGAUUA